CCCGAUUCUCCUUCCAAAUCAUAAUCGUUCUGCAAAUCAAACUUUCCAUAACCGUUUUUGUUUCCGAUCUUACUCUGUGUCUUCUAUAUCUCCUAUGGAUCCUCUACUGUACAUCUUUCAUCUCUAUGUUCUUCUCAAUCGUCAUUGAUUUUCCAACGUUGAAUACAAGCGCCAUCGUCGAAUAAGAAAUUUGCUAGCAACUUUAUCUUCUCCGUAUGGAUCACGGUGAGUUUUUUUGAAUUGAUCAAUUUCGUAAUUUAAUUGUUUAUAUUUUAUUAUUGUUGAAUUUAUGUCGAUUGAAACGCUUCUAGUUGUCAAUUUAACGGUUGUCUUCCUGAUCAAACAUCUUCUACCCAUAUUUCUUCUGAUUCCCUGCAAAUCAAUUGUUGUUGUGUUGUUUGAAGGUUUUACUUUUAAUCUGAUUUAAUGUUGUUAUGUCGAACAUAUGUGUUGGGAUUCUUUUUCUUCUUUUUGUUGCUGAAGUUUUUAGUAAUAACCUGAAUUGUGUUUCUCUCAGUUUGCUGCACUUUUUGCUUCAUUAACUACUUUUAUAACUGUUGGUACACUUUUCAAUUUUGAAUGUACUAAGGUUUUAUCUAUUUAGCAAUUUGAUUGAUACUUGUUAUUUAUAUAUUUGUAGAUUCUACUUACGAGUUCAGUUAUUCUGAUUCUACACCAAACUCUUGUCAUUCAUCUAAAUUUGAAGUUUCUCCAAACAUGACCAAGUAUUGGACUCCUAUGUGUGUUGAGAGCUGUAAGCCUCAUGUUGGUAUGAUUUUCACAAAUGUUGCUGUUGGAUUUCAAUUCUACAAACAAUAUGCUACUCUUUGUGGCUUUGAUAUCCGUAAGAGUACCUCAAGAAAGAGUAGUGAUGGAGUUUGUGUGUGGAAGUAUAUUUUGUGUAACAGAGAAGGAUUCAAAAAUCUGCCUAAACCUACCAAUCUUGAAUCUAGCAGUUGUGUUGGUGAUGAAACUGAAUCCAUGAACACAGAAUCUAGCUCUUCUAAUUGUGAGAAUAUUGUUGACUGCAAUGAGGAACUGAAAAGCUCAGAACCAAAAAAUAUUCCUUCGAAUAAGAGACGUCGUGUAUCAAAUCGUGUUGGUUGCAAUGCACGUUUAGUUAUGAGAUUACAUGCUGAACAUGGAUAUGUGGUGACCUGUUUUGAAGAGCGGCAUAAUCAUCCCAUGGCGUAAAAGAGAAGUCAAUUGAAGCUUCCAAGAAGUCUAAAAGACUGUGCCGAACUUGUAACUAGCUUGCUUUCCAUGACAGCAGGAAUUGUCCUCUAAAUUCUGAGAAAUAACCAAAUUCAAACUGUCUAAUGUGUUGGAGUUUCAAUUUUUCAUGUCUCUUUCACACUUGCUGUGAAUUUGUUCUUGUACCCAAAUCUUUAUAUUCUGUUGUGCAACAAUCAUACAUAACAGAUUUGCUUAUGAAUGGUUUUGUGAUUGUUUUAAGUAACUGUCUUAAUUAAGUUCUAAUUCAUACUCUUUUGCACAUUAAGUCCUA